CUAAACCCCGCACGACACACGACGCCGCGCGUUACAACGUCUCGCAUCGCCGCGGUCUCAGUCAGUUGUCACGGCGUUACAUCAGGUUAUGUUACCCAGCGCGGUUCACGAACCGAUGCGAACCGUACGCUUUCAGAAUUUCGCAAACGUUAGAACCAGGCCGCGUGUUACCUCUACUAGUUCUGCCGUUGCCCGCACUUCGCCCUGUGGAAGGUUCAGAGUACCGAACGAUAAUAACCUGAAGAGCCCGCAUUUUCAACCACUAGUUGGUCGAGUAGACCAACAAAUACAUUUUUCUGACCAAUCACGUCCUCGGUAUCACGCUGUCGCCUGUCUCGGCGGUCGCUGCGUUUGCUGGUGGCAGCGUGCUUUCCGCUUCUUCUCCUCUCCUUUCGCUCGGAAUCCCCUGCGAGCAAUUACCGGCUCGCGAACGUUUGCGACGGGUAACCAACUGUGCAUGGCGGGAGAGGAUAGGAGGCGCGCGGCGACUGGAGAGGACGAGGCUUCAGGACCUGGACCGAGGAGGACAGGAAGGCUUAGAAUAGUGGUCGUCGGGGAUGUACAUGGCAUGUGGCAUCCGUGGAGGGAUCUGGCUGCUCUGAAGCUUCUCAAGCCCGAUAUCAUUCUUUUUGUCGGUGACUUUGGCGAGGAGCAGGUGGGGCUGGUGCGGCAGAUAGCAGCAGUGAAGGCCAUGAUGGGCGGGCAAGUGGAGGUGGCGGUGAUUCUCGGCAACCAUGACGCGUGGUUCCACAUGUUCAGGAAGGACAAUGACCCUUCGGUGGAUUCAGUGGAUAAACUCACACAGCAAAUCGAAGCUCUCGGCAACCUCCAUGUGGGCUACACCAGAAUCGACCUCCCCCACUUGCACCUGUCCAUCGUGGGGGCGCGCCCCUUCUCCUACGGCCCGUCCAGCUGGGCCAAGAGCUUCUACCGUGCCAGGUGUGGCGUGCGCACCAUCAACGCCAGCACGGCUAAGAUCACAGAGACCAUCCGAGCAGCACCUGCGUCUCACAGCGUCGUUGUCCUCGCACACAACGGACCCGCAGGUUUAGGCGCCCACCCCUGGGACAUCUGUGGCAAGGACUUCCCCUCCAAAGGGCUGCCACCGGGGGGAGACUUUGGGGACGAAGAUUUAUCCAAGGCACUCGCAGCGUCUCUGGCGGACAAUCGCCACAUCCCCCUAGUGGUGUUCGGCCACAUGCACCGCGACCUCUUCCCCUUCAACUACCGCAGCCGCAGCAGCCGUGUCAGCAGCGCGUUCAGCGGGCACGUGAAGCAAGGGGAGCUUGUCACCCAGCGCCGCAUGACUGCUGUGCUGCUGCACCUUGCCCCACCGCCCUCUCCCUCUCCGCCCUCUCCCUCUCCUCCCCUUGAUCCCCAACCUGCUGCUCUUUCUGCUUCUUCUCGCACCGGUGCUGCUGAUGGCGUUGCUGCACAUAGCACUGACCAUUCCAACCGUCACACUGUGCUUGUCAAUGCGGCUGUCGUGCCUCGGAUAGUCUCUCUCGAAGAGGAGCACUUCACCCGAGCCUCCGGGCCAGGCUUGGCGGUGUACUCUGCCCUUGGCUCGCAACCGCUUGACCCAACCCCAGGGCUGCUGCUGAGCUUGAGAGGUAUCCCAGGAGGGUGUCGUGGUGCAGGGGGGAAGAGAGGGGACAGUGAGGGCAGGGCGAUAGGCAGUGAGGGCAGGACGAUAGGCAGUGGGGGCAGGGCGAUAGGCAGUGGGGGCAUGGCCAGUAAUGUGUGCAGAGGCGUGGAGGGGAUGGGGGUGAAUGAUGUGCGGAAUGAUACAGGGGUGACCGCAGCACAGGUACCUUUGCAACCAGGGUGUUGGGCAGUUGAGAGCAAUGAGAAGGGCAUUGGGUGUGGUGGGCACGGGGAAGGGGAAGGAGGAGGAGCAGCAGCAGGAGCAGCAGAGGCAGUGGUGUGGGAGGAUGAGGUGAGGUGGGCGGAUGACAAUUGUGGUGCAGUGGGAGAAGGCAUGGGGGGAAGGGAUGGGUGCAGCCCCCUCGUUGCAUCACUUUGUGCUGGUGCAACUGGUGAUGCAGGUGCAACGGCCACCCUCAUGUUCUUCUCACCCUACUAUGCUGGCAGCUGCUGGUGAUGGUGGCAGGGAAGGGCGGUGGGAGGGUGGUGGAGGGGGAAGGUGGGAGUGCUUGGCAGCAGAGGACAUGUGGGUGAGAGUGUACGAGCAGGUGGGCGAUGGUGGGAGGAGGUGCGCCGUGGCCCGCGUGCACAGGGCAGACGAGCGGUUAUGAAUAGGUGGAAGUGAGCAGUGAAAGAAUGCUACCAUAAUAUUAUGUAGAUUGAGAGGAGUGGGAUGGGGAAUGUCCUUGAGCGGUACAGUAUGUCCAUGUAAGAUCAAUGGGAAUUCACUGUGCUUUCUGAGAUUGACUCUGCGAUGCGAACGUAUGCAGCUCUGCCUAUUGUGUUCAGCUAAAG